CUUGGUCACUAACGCACUUUGUACCCUCUCUCCCUUGCAGGUAUGGCCAUCCAGUGGGGUGCCGUGGGUGAUGUGGGAGCCUUCAUGGUUAAGACUGGCUAUGAACGAGAGGGACAAGCCAUGGUAGCCACGUUUGAAGCCAUGGGUCUGACAAUCCAGAAGAUGGACUCGUGCUUGCACGCUUUGGACACUUUUCUGCUGCUCAAGAACAAGACAGUUGUGGCAUCCCACCAGCCGAUUUCCUUUCAAAAGAGUCAGAACGGAGAAGGAGGAGGAGCCAAGAAAUCUCUGAUAGAUUCCGCCAGCAAGGUCUUUGGCAUGACCACUAUGGAUAAUCUUGGGGAUGCCGUUGUCCUGGGCUCCCUGGGUCUCGACUCACUGAUGGGUGUGGAGAUAAAGCAACUACUGGAGAAGGACUUCGACGUACAAGUCAGCCUGGUCGAGGUGCGCAAGAUGACCAUUGGCAAACUCAGGGAAAUCGAGGCUGCCAAUGCUGAGGAAUGAGAGUGUGACAGGAGAGACGCAGGCGAGUCGACACAGAACAGGAGAUGACAUAAACGGUCGCUUGUCGAUACAACAACGCGACGUCCAAUCAGAAUUAUAUCGAUCUGCGUCCACCAACUUUUGAGAAAGAGAAAUUAAGUGGCAGUUGUUUGGGAAAGCUCUGACCUGUUCUGCGAGUACACGUAUUACAUUUUCUUUGCUUUUCUGCGGACUUUAACGGAAUGUUGUCAUUAGCGAGGAAUAGCAUGAGCUGUAUUAAUGCAAACUGAAAUGUGCAACUGAAUUCAGAAAAAUGUGGGGAGGAGGAAGAGGAAGCUUGUUUUUUAAAUGAACGAUAAGCAAAGCACAUUUGAGUGAAGUUUGGUGAUUUCAUUUAGUGGCAUGGAGAGUGAGGUAGUCUGGAGUAGUGAGUGGGUUUCGAAGAUCAUGUCAGAAAUGGACAUACGUUUAUUUUAUUUUUCAAAACAUAGAUAGCAGGUGAGGGGCAAUGUAAAGAAGUGGGCACAGAAUGACCGCCAGUUCAAUUAUAAGAUUAUUCACCUGUAUGCCCUGUUCAUAACUUUCCGUUGAAAGAUUUUUGUCUCCAUCCUAAACAGCUACAAAACAAGUGAUAGUAGCUUUUUCUCUUUUACUGCUUCCCAAUAGUAUUACCAGAGACCUUGCAAUGUUUACUUAGCUAGGUCUCGGGUAUUACAAAGGAUGACUCUAGCUCAUGCCCUUGAAUAUAAUGUUAUAUAACUCUUUUAAGACAUAAUGUGUACAUUAGUAACAACAGAUAGGUUCGCCUUAGACACAGAAAGAGGUUUUUUUCAGUGGCCUGUAAUGUGUUUAGUGGAAAUAAAGAAUUACAGAGGUG